AACUUUUAUACAAAAUAUUUACUUGUCCAAGUAGCUGAGACAGAUGAUCAUUAUUGGUAACAGCUUGUUGUGGUGCCAAAAGUGCUUGAAGAGCAGGUAAGAUACUACUUGGGUUCAUUGGCUGUUGUUGUUGUUGUUGUUGUUGUUGUUGUUGUUGUUGUUGUUGUUGCUGCUGUUGCUGCUGUUGCUGCUGUUGCUGAUGUUGCUGCUGUUGCUGCUGCUGGUGUUGUUGUUGUUGUUGUUGUUGAUGAUGAUGUUGCUGUUGGUGUUGAUUAUGCUGUUGAUUAUGUUGAUUAUGUUGUUGAUGUUGGAGUUGUUGCUGGAUUUGUUGAUGAAUUUGUUGUUGAUGCUGAUUAUGGUGUUGAUGCUGUUGACGUUGAUGUUGUUGUGGUUGCUGCUGCUGCUGCUGCUGCUGUGGUUGUUGUGGUGAUUGUUGUACAGGCAAAGACUGUUAAUAGUCAAUAGUCAAUAAAAAAAAGUAUUAUUAUCAUUAUUAUUUUAUAACCAUUGUCUUCAUUAUUAUGACCAUCAUUAUAUUCAUCAUCCUUAUUAUAAUUAUUCUUAUUAU